AUGGAUAAAAUGAAGUCAAAAUUUCUUUCUUCUGUUCUUCAAAUAAUUAUUAGCAUAAUGAUAAUUCCUUCAAUCCAUGCAAAAAUUGUAAAUACGACCACUGGACCUGUAAGAGGAUCACUAAACCAAUGGGAAAACUUGUUAUAUUAUUCUUAUUUGGGUAUUCCAUAUGCUGAAAGUCCUACUGGUGCAUUACGCUUCAUGCCUCCAGUACCGAAAAAGUCAUGGAAGCAAAUUCUUGACGCAACGCGUGAAGGACCUGUAUGUCCACAAAUAAAAGAAAGGUAUCCAAGAAAACAAAUGAAAGAAGAUUGUCUGUUCUUAAACAUUUAUGUACCUGCACACAUGACGCAAAAAGAACUGCCAGUAUUUAUAUUUAUACAUGGCGGAGUAUUUCAUUUACUAUCAGGAAACAGCGACCUCUUGUACGGACCACAAAUGUUUCUACAACACGGACUAAUUUUUAUAACGAUGAACUACAGAUUAGGAGCGUUGGGAUUUCUAUCACUUGAUAUUGAAGAAGCGUCGGGUAACGCAGCAUUAAAAGACGUAAUACUCGCCCUGAAGUGGAUUAACGACAAUAUUGAAAUAUUUGGAGGAGACCGAAAUAAAGUAACAAUCGGCGGACAUAGUUCUGGGGCAACAAUUGCUCACUACCUUUUAUUUACUGAACAAACCAGUAAUCUUUUUCAACGAGCUAUACUAAUUAGUGGUAACGCUGUUUGUCAUAGAUCUAUUGCCAGACAUGCAAAAGAUAAUGCUCUCACUUUUGCUAAACAAUUAGGUUUGUCGUCAAAUGAUCCACAUGAACUUUUAAUAAGACUUAAGGAAAUGGAUGUGUUUAACAUUUUAGAUGCCGAAGCAAACUUAACUAAAUAUGAUAACGUUAUUUUAAGACCAUUUACAAUGUUUGUACCAAAUAUCGAAAUAGAAUCUCCACAUGCAUUGAUAACUACAGAUCCCACGAAAUUAUUACAGUUGGGGUUGAAACAAAAUAUACCUAUUUUAGCUGGUUUUAACGAAAAAGAAGGAGCUUACGUAAUUCCUAAAAUUGAAAGAAGUCACGAUGAAUUGGAAAGAUUAAGGGAAAAUAUGGAAUAUGCUAUACCAUCUGAUAUAGAGUAUCCACUCGGGUCCGAAAUUUCUAAGGACUUAGCCAAAGCAAUAAGUCAAUAUUACUCUAUUAACGAUUCAUCCAACUUUACACUAAAUAACCUUGUCGACUUAUCCUCUGAUUCUCAAUAUAUUUAUAGCAUCGAUUCAUGGAUUAAGAGGUAUAAAGGAAUGAAUAAUAGCAGUUCGGUAUAUUAUUAUAUGUUCAACUUUGAUGGUGAUUUAAAUUGGGCAAAAAUAAAUUACAAGAUUAAUUUUCCGGGCACUGCCCAUGCAGAUGAAUUAGGUUACAUUUUUAUUACGAAAAAAACCAAACCUUUGUUACAUGGCGCUGAUUUUAACAGUCGUUUAGUGAUGAAUAUAAUGACAACGAUAUUUUCGAAUUUCAUAAAAUUGGGCGAUCCUACUCCAAAAAACUUUGCCGGCAAGUUUAAAUGGCCCGAGUACGGAAAAAAUGGAUCGUUACUCAUUAUAAACGAAAAUCCGAGUGAAGGCACCCUUUCAUCUCCGCUUUUAGAAAGAAUUAACUUCUGGUACGAUGUCUACGACAAAUAUUAUCAUUAUGUCGAAAAUGGUGGAAAACUGGAGAAAAAAUGCAUACCUUAA